UUGACUUUCUGCGAGGCAACAGUCGUCCGCUGGCCAAAAAAGUUUUCCAAAUACCUUCACGUUAUCAAGCCUGGAUUUAGAAAAGAAUAGCAAAAAAAUCUGCACCUCCUGCUUCACAUGCAAUUUGUGUUCGUGUGUUCAGAGGCGGCGGUGAGAGGGGAAACCUCGGCUCACCCAGCUGGAGAGACUGACCAGGAAGAGUCGAACAUUAACUCUGCUCUUCCAGGGCACCCUGCAGACUCGGCUGCUGGCAUUGGUGAGGGAGUGCGGCCGCCGCUGUGAUGACGCCAAACUGGAGUCCAUCAUAGGUCGACUGCAGCUCCUUGUCUAAGAGUGGGAGGGAUUUGAAGCACAAAGGGAGGAGCUUGUCGUUUGGUUGGCUGAUAUGGAUGUCCACCUGAGUGCGGUUGACCAGCUGACAGGAAACACAUGUGAAAAACUGAAACAACUGCAGAUCUACAGAUUUGGGAUAAGCUACAGGCUCCUCCACCCCUGCUGGCUCUUCUGUCCUGCCCAGGUUGGCGCUCCUGGUGCCCCCUCGUCAGGUCCAGCAGUCCUACCGUCCAUCCAACAGCUCCUUCUCCCCUCUUACAGCCUCUAUGGGAGCUCCAUCUGUGGUGGCUACAGGCCUUACAGCUACAGCUAUGGUGGCGGCUAUGGUGGUGGCUACAGCCUGGGAGGAUACAGACACACACCUCACCUUGAAGACGUCCCCCCCAGCAGACACUAACUGGGCGAGCGAGGAGGACGACCACGUGGUGGCCAGAGGAGAAUAUGACUUGACAGCUGCUUCUCAGGAGGAGCUUUCUAUGCGAGCUGGAGAGAUGCUCAACCUCGCUCCUAAAGAGCUACAGCCCCGUGUGCGUGGCUGGCUCCUGGCCAGUGUGGACGGUGAGACCACAUGCUCGUCCCAGCCAACUACGUUAAGAUCCUCAGCAAGAGAAGAGACCGCCGGGCCACAGAUAUGAGAGGCUCGCUCAGGCCCAGCAGGCAAACACGCAGGCACCCCAAACAACCUCGUCUGCACAAAUACCCUAAUCUGUGCCUCUCCUGCAGCCCAUAAACGUACAGCAUCUACCCACAUCAUGUACAGUACUUGAAUGAUCCAUCUCGUCUUUCAGCUCAGUCUCGUCAGAUUCAUUAGGCUCAGCUGUGUCCCCCUCCUGUGUGCAGUUUCCUCGUUUCCCUCUGUGUGUAUUUAUAGUAGUGAUGGCCAAACAAAGCUUUCUGAAGCAUUGAAGCUUGUGUUGAAAAACGAUUCAUUACUGGAAGCUUUUUAACACAGUCCUCUCUGGUGACAUCUGGUGGUCAAAAAUAUGAAGAGCAGCUUGAAUCUACAAAAAAACUGAACUGCGUCAUUAUGAUUGCCCACUCUACACAGUGGAAUUCACAAUUCACAAUUGGACAUCACUGAUCACGUGACUGUGGCCAAACGAAUCAAGCAUCGACAGAGUGCUUCUGAAGCGGUGUGUUGGUGUUUUUUGACACACGCGCCGGAGCGUCAGCUUCAAGCGGGCCCUCACUAAUUUAUAGCAUUUGUCCUCUUGUGUGUGUUACUGGUCCGUCUGUGCUCCUCCAUGCUGUUUUUCCUGCUUGUCAUCCUUCGUGUUUUAACUCCAUUCCCUCGUGUCCAGGUUUGUUAUUUGGUUCUCAGCUUUCCCAGUUUAGGUUUUCUUAGUUUUGUUUCUCGCCUCCCUCGCCUUUGUUUGUAUGUCACUCUCCAUGAAUAAAGCUCACUCACAUCA